AUGCAGCCUGCAAACGUCCUCGCUCUCCUGGCUCUGCUCCUCCCGCUGACAUCCGGGCUGCUCCUUCCGUUGCAGACUACGAGUCUCUCUCCUCUAGCAAAACGUUCCCCACCCCCGUCUCCGGAUCGAUCGCAAGCGGUUGAUGAAGGAACGCAGGAGCAACUACCUGUUGAGGGCCACGUCGGCGCCUCGUCGCAGCAGAGGAAAGAUCCCACCGGUCCCUCGCAAGAGCCGAAACGAAGUUGGUAUCACCCUCGUGUUGUAAGGAAAUUGGAAAGUGGAGCUCAGGACAAAAAUGACAAGGAAAAGUGGCGGAACGACCACCAGGCUGAACUUUGCUACCGAAAGGCCUACACCCUGUUCACAGAGCAUAAAACCAUCAAGGAGAGUCAACCAAAGAGCAGCACGCGCGUCCAUUUCGAACUCACUGAAAAGGAGGGUGUUGAAUUGGGCUACCCAGGUAUGCAAUUGUACAAUGCUCUUCGUAGCAAAUAUUCAGACGCGGUUUACAAUCAGACACACCCCAAGAGGAUAAAGGGCCAGGAAAAAGACGGCCAAUCUACCAAGGCCGCAGUCGCUUACAGUCGCAGUAAGCUCACAGACAUUGUAGACAACGGCCGAGAGGGCACAAUAUUCCUUAUGGAAGACCUCAAGAAGAUACGAGAGCACAUCGUAAAAGAAAGGCGAGAGCUGCUUGCUCCUCUAAGAAGAACGCAAGACAGAACGCGCAAGGAGCAGGCCUAUACGGAACUUUAUUUGCUUUUGACAGGCGCGCGAAACAAGAUAAUGCGCGACUGGAUGCUAGAUCCAUACAUGCGCUACAUGAACGACGACAAAGUCCCUCUCCCUCUCCUCGAUCACGUCAUCAAGGAGGCCGACGCGCCCUGACCUCUGUCUCUCUGUCGUUGCUGUAGCUAGAUUAGUCUCUGUGAUUCAUCUCAUCCAUUUGUUGUGUAUUUCCUCUGUCGUUUGACGCCAACUCGGUGGCAAAACGGCCUCCGACGGUAUCAUCAAAACAGGCAGCCUUGUGACGUCGGACGCUAUAUCAGCCACAUAAG